UCCAAAGAGGAGAUCAGGAAACUCACUCGGAUUAUCCAGCAAAAGGAUGUGGAGAUUCAGGGUCUUUCCAGUAGAAUCUCUGCGUCUUCUCACAGCCACAACACGCCUGUGGAACAACUUCAGCGGCAAUUGCAAGAGUGUGCUUUGAAAAGCGAACAGGUCUUGGCCGUCCUAAAUGAGAAGACGAGGGAGCAUAGCAAUCUGAAAAGGGACUAUCACGAAAUGACCCAUCGACUUGCUGCCAAAGAAGCAGACCUCCAGAGGAUGGAAGAGGAAAAUCAAAAACUGUCCACGAGAGUGGAAAGCAGAGGCCAGGCGGUGUUUAAAGAAAUGAUUCAGAAUUUGCCUCACAUUAUUCGAGAACAAGACCUGGAAGUGGAUGCGUUAAGUCAGAAAUGCCAGACUUUAUUGACGAUCCUGCAAACACCCAGCACAUGAGGUUCGAGGAGUUUGUAUCGAUCAGUUUCAGCAGCUUCUACAGGAACGGGACACGUUAACACAGCGAGUGAAGAUCAUGGAAGAGUGGAAAGAGCAGGUGCUGACCACGGUCCAAAAUAUGAAGCGAGAGUCACCCCAGCUUCAGAGAGAUCUGCGACAGCUCCAGGCGUGGGCUUGCACCAACAGUGAGAAGGUUUUGAAACUCCAGACGACCUCUCUUGACCAGAUUCAAACUUCCCAAGGACAUGAAAUAAACUUACAAGAGCUAGAAAAGGAACUGGCACAACUUCAGCUUCGCCAUCGGGAAGAUUUGCAAAGCCAAGGACCUCCUUUCAAGGAACCUUGAUGUGGGUUUUCCUCCGGCCCUCCAGCGACUCCACAGAGGCAGCCGACUCUCUGAAGGCCGUGAAGUCUGACCUAGUGAGUGAGUCUUCUCAGAUGCUCCAAGAGGAGAUAGAAGAGCUCAGAAAAUCAGUGCAAGGAAAAGAUACAAUGAUUCGAACCCUCCAGGAGGAUCAGCAGAGACGGAUUGCUUCAGGGGCUGCCAUGGUGGAAGGAGAAGGCAAACCACAGGAACACAGCGAUUCCAGUUCCCACAUGGAGCAGCAGAAGGAGAAACAGGCUGUUCUACAAAACUUCCUUCAGGCUCAGGAGCUCCAAAUCCAUGCGAAAAGUGAGGAGCUGUUUUCUUCACAGGAGAAGCUCAGUGGCCAGCUGAGUGAGAAUGAGCUGCUGAGGCAGGCAGUCACCAGUCUGAAGGAGAGGAUAGCAGAUUUUGAAGUGGAUGUGUGUCGGCUGAAAGAGGAAAAUGCAAAGAUCAUGGAAAGAUCUAGAGAAAGGGAAAUGGAAAAUCAGGCGUUGCAAGAAACAAAUCGGCUGCUUUCAGUGAUGCAGGGAGUGGAGGCAUCCCAGCAUGCCGCGAUGAAAGAGAAGGCACUCCUGUUGAAGCAACUGUUGCAGGAGAAAGAACAGGGCGAGACCGGGGAAUUGAACCGGCUCAUCGACGCUGUUUAGUUAGUGCAGAAAAAGACAGUUGUGUGUCAACAGGACAGAGAUGACGUCGCGUUGGCACUGAAACAGAAAGAAACGGAAACCUGUGCCCCCCAGAAGGAGGUUCACCAGUUACGUGAGAGAGAAUUGUGCCUAACCCAGGAGCUGGAGAGAAGGCGGCACCUCGCUGCAGAAGCCAAAGAUUCUCAUCAUCAGGAAGCUUUGGCCUCAGAAGACCAAGUGGCUCAGCUGAGAGAGGAAGUGACGGUCCUGCGGGGAAAACUCGUUUUGUCUUCCGCUGCCAUGGAAAAGGCCAGCCGCGGAGCCAGUCUGCAGGUAGAGUUGCUGUGGGAGCAGUUGCACGUGGUCACCCAGCAAAAGGAGGAAACUGAGCUCCGGCUUGCCGCCUCCCAGGAAGAGGGAAGGCACUAUGAUCGACGACUAGUGAACCUCAAGCUGGAACUGGACGAAUGGAUGGAAAAGGCAGACGCCCUAGAAGGAAAACUGAAGUUGUUACAGGGAUUAUUGCAUCAAACAAAUGCCAACUUGGAGGUGUAGGAGGACCAACUCCAAGAGUUCAAGAAGCAGAAUGAGGUGCAGCGGGAAAUACUGGAGGACACACAGAAGAAACUCUUGACCUUAGUAAGUCAGUCCGAAGGAAUGGUGGACAAAACCCUCCUAAGGAGACUCUUUGUGGGAUCUUUGCAGGCAGCUGAUGCGGAAUGGCAGGAAGCAUUGAGGCUGAUGGCAAGCGCGCUGGGGAUCCGAGAAGACCAGCUGUGGCAGCUGCAUGGCCAAGAGCCUGUGGGUGUGCCAGCGGGGUGACUGAGGGGCCUGGAUCCAAAAGCGCCCCAUUAUGCCUUGGAAAGGAUCCACUCAGAUUUCCUUAAGGAUCUCAUUCCAUUAAUUUUCCAUUCUGCUAUAUCUUCAGCUUACCAAAUAUGGUAAUUCCUUCCCUGACUUCCUGUUGUCAGUUCUCUGAUUCACCCACUCCUGUCUCAGUCUGGUGCAGUAGACUGCCUACUGAUCUUGCUGGUUCCACUCUUGGCCUCCCUUGAAUGCAUUCUGCACACUGCUGUCAGGGUGAACUGAGAUAACAAUGUGAUGUUCCUUCCCUGCUGUAAUUAUUGGAGGGUUCCCCCACUGCCUGGAGUUUGAGCUUUAAGAGACUAUCCAAGCCCUUGCCUUUGCAGCCUUCCUUCCUCUUCAUCAGUCACAUAAAGACUGCCGUUUAGCCCCAGGUGAAUUCUUGCAAGCCCCAAAUAGGUUAUUAUCCAAAUAACUUCAAGUCCAUGAGCCUCAUCACUGUGCCUUGACAAAGGUACAAAUGAGAAAGAUUUCAUUCUUCUCUUCUUCACCAAUUGGUGAAGGGAGUGAUUCCCACCCUAAAGUUAUGGGAUGUCCAGAUGCUGCACAGCUGAGCUCCACAGUAAUUUAUUACCAACCUAUACUCAUGGCCCAGGGAAGGAGGACACACACACCAUGCAGGACCACGGGAGACAUUGCACUUGGGAACCGAAUGAACAAGGGCUGUGGGUGCAGGCUAUGUAAUAACAGGAGAGCGAAGGUGAUCCCUACUUCCUGCAGGAGGGACUGAUUGGCUUGCUGGAUCAUUCCACAGGCUGUCAGGGAACUGGAGCUUACUUGGGGAGAAACUGUGCCUGGUCCCUGUGCUAAGGAGGGCUUAUUAGCCAGAGGAUCUGAUCCAUGGGAACAGAGGGCAAAGGGAACCGGAAAUGGGGCUAUUUGCAGCCCUCUGACAUUACCCAAUGCCAAGACAACACUUCCUAUUGAAUCUUUUUUUUUUAUUUUUAUUUUUUUCAGCAUAACAGUAUUCAUUAUUUUUGCACCACACCCAGUGCUCCAUGCAAUCCGUGCCCUCUACAUUCCUAUUGAAUCUUAAUCUCAUCUUUCCAUCACAGUGGACUCUGAUGUUUGGACAUCAAUUUCAACCUGGGACUGAGACUUUUAAGGCAUAGGACAGAUGCUUCUCAAGGAAUUGAAGUUGUAAUGUGACCAGGAGGGAGACGUGGUCAUCAAAAUCAAAAUGUAAUAACUCCCAUUGAUGUUCAUGCAGUUGAUCCCAUGGAAAUCCCUGGGUGGCCAAUGGGUAGGAGGAAGAGCUGAUGUCCUCCAGAACCCUGGAAUCUGGCAACACACUGUGGACAGAAGCCGCCACCUCCACCUGCAGCUUUUAUUUAUGUAGUUAAGAGAGAGCUCUGGCUGUUUGAGGGGGUGAAAGGGAGAGGGAGAAACAGGCUCCCCACCGAGCAGGGAACCCACUGCCAGGCUUGAUCUCAGGAUCCUGAGAUCAGGACCUGAGACAAAGGCAGACGCUUCACCAACUGAGCCACACAGUCACCCCCAACAGUUAAUUUUUGCUUGCACAGAUCCUAGAGCCUUUUGUUGAGGGGAGACCCACCAAAGUGGACUCAUUGAGAAGUAACAGCUAAAGAAGCAAUAUGUCACCUCCAGAACCCAAAUGUACUGAACGAUGUUGGGCUUCCAUGUCCCUUUUUCCUAAAAAAAAAUUUUGAUUUAGGGAUGCCUGGGUGGCUCAGUUGGUUGGGUGUCUGACUUUGGCUCUGGUCAUGA